AUGAACAACUUUGAGAACGAAGCCGAACUCUUAGUGAAACUACGACUCUCCAUCAACUACCCAAACUGCAGAAGCUGGCACCUUGGUGUUGAGACCUCUAACAUCAUAAACUUCAAGACGGUGCCAGCAAAUUGCAAAGACUAUGUCGAAGACUACUUGAUCACUUCCCAGCAGUACCGUUAUGACUCCAAAACAGUGUGCAAAGAAGCUUAUUUCUAUGCCAAAGGACUUGCUUUACGGAACGACACUUAUAAUGUUUGGAUCUUUGACCUAGAUGAUACCCUCCUCUCUAAUGUCCCAUUUUACGCGAAACAUGGAUACGGGACAGAGAAGCACGACCCCGAGGCGUUCAGGAAGUGGUUAGAAGUAGGAGAAGCUCCUGGGCUCCCAGAGACUCUGCAUCUUUACAAUAACAUUCAAGAGCUCGGUAUUGAACCCAUCUUACUCACUGAGCGGUUCCAAGAGUUCGAGGAAGUCACUCUAAAGAAUCUCAAAGAUGCUGGCUUCCCCUAUUGGAGACAUAUCUUAUUCAGGCCAACAGGUUCGAACAUGAAGACAGCAAACUUCAAGUCAAAGGAGAGGAAGAAGCUGGAGAAGAGCGGCCACACUAUCAUUGGGAAUAUUGGAGACCAAUAUGCUGAUUUGACCAAAGACAACCCUGGCAGAAGGACUUUCAAGCUCCCUAAUCCACUAUACUACGAACCCUAAUUAAGCAUCUUUGUUCAUGUAUUUGUUCCACAUGCGCGCAUCA